GACACCCCGGGGCGGCUUGCACCCACUCGGCUCCCGGGCUCCGAGUGGGGAUGGGGGUGGGGGGCCGGUCGUGACCCUCCUGCCGGGUCGGACCUGAGUCGCCCCUCCGUCCCUCCCCGCGCUGACCCUGCGCCCGGCGAGCCGGGGACCCCCACCCGACCCCAUGGCGAAGUACGAGGACCUGGGCCUGGAGGCCAGCAAGUUCAUCGAGGACCUGGACUUGUACGAGGCCUCCAGGGACGGGCUGUUCCGAGUGGACAGGGCUGCGGGCAACAACCCCGAGUUCGAGGAGACGCGCAGGGUGUUUGCCGCCAAGAUGGCCAGGAUCCACCGCCAGCAGCAGCUGCAGCUGCAGGAGGGGCCCCUGCCCAGGGGCGGCCGAGGCCCAGUCAACGGGGGCGGCCGCCCAGGCCCCCAGCCCCACUGCGACGCUCCUGCAGCCAGCAAGCCCCCCUCCGAGGGUGCAGCCAAGCCCCCUCUCGCCGUGGCCUCCGCGGCUUCCGGGCCGGCCGUCUCCACAGCUGCCGGACAGCCUGUGCACCCACCCCCGGAGCAGAGGGCCAGGCCCUGCCUGCGGGCCUCCAGGCCUGGCCCUCAGGGCUGUGGCUCCAAAGAGACCCCGGCUCCCUGCGAGGACCCUUCCUGCCUCACCCACGGAGACUAUUAUGACAACCUGUCCUUGUCCGAGGCCAGCCCCAGCUGGGGUGAUGAACCAGGGCCAGGGGUCGCCUGGCCCCGAACCCCAGCGAGUCACCCGCCGCCCAAGCCCUCCAGGGAACAGCCCCUCUACCAGCCGCCUCUUGCGCUGAGCUCCAGCAGGUCAUUCGAGAGUGGCCGGGAGGGUGAUGGCAGUGGCCGCAGCAGUGGGCUGCCUGCAGGCCUGUGGACCACCGCUUCCUUGCAGCGGGUGAGCCCGGGCCUGCCUUCCCCCGGCCCUGAGAACGGGACCCUCCUGGGCCCUGCUCCGCUCAGGACCCCUUCGUUCUCAGCACCUGUGGGCCUGAGCUGCUCUGGGCAAAGAGUUCUUCCAAGAACAAACUCGGGGUUGGGGAGAGAGGUUUUGGGUGUGAAGCCCAUACCCGCUGCAGACCCUCCUCCUUGGCUCCAGGGUGGGCCCAAGUCUUACCUGUCUGGUUGCGCCCCACUGUCCUCCUUGGCCGGCUCGGACAGUCUGCAGACAGAUGCAGCCCCUGGGCUGGGCCCCAAGCCCAGCUGCACGGACCCUGGCACUGGUCCCAAGCUCAGCCCCGCUGGCCUUGCCCCUCCAGUCGUGCCCACCCCGCCCGAGGUGUCUUGUAAAGAGGCUCCCCCUGGCUGGCUCCCUGAUGGCAGCCUGGGACCUGGGCUUGCAGAGAGCCCCAGCCCCCCCAGGGUGAGGCUGCCCUGCCAGACCCUCCUCCCCAGCCCAGAGCUUGGACCCUCUCCCGCGGAGCUGAAGCUGGAAGCCCUCACCCAGCGUCUGGAGCGGGAGAUGGAUGCUCACCCGAAGGCUGAUUACUUUGGUGAGUGAGGGGAAAGGUGGUAG